AGAUUACCUGCAAGGUGUGUGUUGGCAAUUGCCGAUCGCUAUAUUUUUGCAACGUGCAGUAGUGAUAAAUAUCAUCCAUCAAUGAUGUAACAUGUUUGUAGAUACAGGUUUGGUUCCAGCUUUGGUAACCAACAGAAUUCUGCAAACAUAUACCUGAUUAAAAUCAAACGUGAAAGCAUACUUCAUAAUUUCAUUUGAUUUCCAAAUAGUUAAGCAAAAAAUUAAUUCCUUGUAUCUGAAGGAAAGCAAUAGAAAUUUUUUUGUGUAAAAAGCUAUUUAUGCAAAAAUAUCCACGUUGAUGAGCAGAAAGAAAAGCUUUACUAAUAAAAGUUGAUGAUGGACAUGUCGGACAAUAACGAUCCAUCAUCUCCGAGACUUGGACAUCAUAAUCACAUAGACAUGUCUCUAGACAUGGUAAAGGUGCAGCCUGCUACUAAACAUGUGGUACAGCAAUCAUCUGAGGAGAAACAGGGAAUCCUGAAUGCCCGAGCCUUCCUGUUCCUUGUUCUUUGGUACAUCUUUAGUGCUUGUACUCUCUUCCUGAACAAGUAUAUCCUUGCCACCCUGCGAGGAGAUCCAGCACUCUUAGGAGCGAUGCAAAUGGUGAUGACAACAAUUUGUGGUUUUUUCCAAAUGUACCUCCCACUCGGAUUCUACAAACCAGUGGAAAGAGACGGAAAGCCUCCAAACUUUUGGAGGAAUAUGAUAUUAGUCGGAACAAUGAGAUUCUCAACAGUAGUCCUAGGACUUGUUGCCCUAAAAUUUGUGGCCGUGUCAUUUACGGAGACAGUGAAGAGUUCAGCUCCAUUAUUCACUGUGGGAAUAUCAUGGAUGUUGAUUGGAGAAUACACUGGGGUAUACACAUUCCUUUCCCUCAUCCCUAUCAUGGCCGGACUGGCCUUGUGUUCAGCCUAUGAACUUAGCUUUAAUAUACAGGGAUUCAUAGCUGCAUUGGCAACAAAUCUUACAGAAUGUCUACAAAAUGUUUAUUCCAAAUUAUUGAUCAGUGGGGAAAAAUAUAAAUACACCCCAGCAGAGUUGCAGUUUUACACAAGCAUUUCAUCUAUAAUUGUACAAAUUCCAGCCUGUUUCUUUCUGAUAGACCUACCUAAUGCACAGAAAACAUUAGACUUUACCAUGUUAACUGUGCUCAUUAUAAAUGGAACAUUUUUUCAUUUCCAAAGUAUAUCAGCCUAUGUCUUAAUGGGGUAUAUAUCACCUGUCACACACAGUGUGGCAAACACCGUAAAGAGAGCCUUCCUGAUCUGGAUAUCUGUGAUACUGUUCAGUAACCCUGUCACCUUCCUCAGCGGACUUGGUACCUGUGUAGUGACCAUUGGAGUUCUGUUGUAUACCAAGGCUAAAGAGUAUGACCAGGACCUACACACUAUCAAACAACAUUACCGACCAUCACCGUCGCUGAUGGGCGACGCCAAGGAAAUCUGAGCUAAUUGUUUCAUGCUGUUCAUUGAUUGUUAGUGAUAAUACAUUAUGUUAGAUAGGCAAUUAUUUGUUUUGUUUGAAUCUUUUUAAUUUGCUCACUUUGAUUCUGUGUACAGUCACUGUGGAACCUUUAAUAUGGAUAUUUUUGUUCCUAAUAUGUACUAUUAUUAAUAAAACUUGUUGAAGUUUGAUUAAAAUAUUAUUUUUGUAAUACUUUUUUUCAAAAUAAAUGUUAAUAAGAAGUAAAUUAUCAGCAAAAAUGUUUGAAAAAUACCGCCCUUUUUUCACGUUGUAAAUAUCCAUGACAGUUCUGUGGGUUUAUAGAAUGUGACAUUCGUCAGGUAAUGCAAUGGAUGAAAAAACAUUUAGGGUGUCACAAAAAUCCUUUUGAGAUAAUCCAAUUGAUUAAGGAUAAUUUGGCUUCAGUUAAAUAUGUGUCUACAUAUGAAUCAUUAAAUCAAUGGCUUUGUUAAUUACCAGAUCACAGAUAAAAAACAAACAAAUAAAAAACAUUAAAUUAUGUGCUGCCUUAUUUUUGAAUCCUAAAAAAUACUCUUUUUAUUUUCUGAAUUGAUUAAGAAAAACAAUAUUUUCAAUCAUUAUAUAUAGUAAGUUAUUCAAAAGACAAGAAAGAUCAAAACAUGAAAUAUAAAAAUUCAACUUGUUAAGAUUCACCUAUUUAAUAGAAGUUUUAUUAUUUUGUUUCAAUUUGUUGAUAAUCUUAAAUCAACUGAGGGCCUCUUAUCAUAUUGUUUUUAAAGUAAAAUAUAAUGAAUGAAAUGCUGCAGUAAUCAGAAAUGGUUUUACAGCAAAAUAUAUUUUUGGCUGUAAACAUUUAAAUGUUUUAAUAAUUAAAUGCCGUGAUGGUAGAAAGGUGAAAAUGUGUUCCGUUAGGGAUAUGGAGAGUAGUCCUUUUCAUGAGUCAAACACAAUAGAUAUAUUAAGUACAUAUUGAUUACGUAUACCUGUUAUAAACAUAUAUAUAUCUUUUUUUUUUACCCGGUAUUGGGACCAAACUGUCACACAGUGGUGAUUUUUAAUAUGUUUCUUUACCAAUGGGCUUUAUAUGUAUGAUGAAAUCAUGUAUUUUGUAAAACAUUAAGCAGGUAGGUUGUUUUGUUUUGAACAAAUAUUUAUGACAUAUAGUGUAAAUGAAUGUCAAGAUUGAAAUAGUCUGUUAUAGAUAAGUAUACAGAUGUAUACAGAACAUUCUGUUGUCACUCCAGAUGUUAUCACCGGUAACCCACAGUAGUCUCCUCACCUGUCUCUUCACUGACAAAGGUUCUGUUGGUUAGCGACAGUACAAUCAAACGUAUGUUACUGACGAUGUCCAGAAGUAUGGCAGUAGUGAUUAUAAUUACUCCUGAAGUCACAAUUAGAGCUUCACGCAAAGCGAUACUUUUAAAAGACGUCUUGUACCAAGUCAGCAUAAUAUAUAACAUCAUUAAUAUUGUAAGCCAGCCUUCUCUGUUAUGGGUGUAGACUUUGAUUACGUUCACAGGUUUAAAGAGUGGACUUGUCAAAUUAUCAUUGAUAAAAUACUGUACUUAAAAAAAAUUCCAGUGUUUAUGGAAAAAAAUCUUUAAAAGUUUGGAGUUUAAUUGUCACAAAAUCACAUUUAUACCUUUUGUAUGAGUGAUAUUACCCAGCUGUAGAAACCAAGAAACAGGAAUUCCUACACAGGUAUCAUCUAUCUAUCUGUAAAAUGUUUGUUGAGUUUAUUCCCCCCUGAACAGCCAGGGUCAUUUUGGGGUGGGGUCUCCUUGUAGUAGUUGGUGAUUACCUCACUGAACAACAUACAGGAGGCCCGUCACAGGACCAUCCAGAGCAAUUACAGUAAAGUGUCUUCCCCAAGGACAC